AUGCCUGUUGCGCUGUCGAGUCUUGUCCAGACCAGUUCAAAAUCGCCCUCUGUGCCUGUGGUUUCUACUGUGGGCGUUGUUGUGGCUGCUCCGUCUGGUGCCGUUGCUUCUGUUGUCGAUGGUGAUCCUAUUGUGGGUGCUAAGGUCCAUCCUAGACCUUCUUCUUUUGCUGGUGGACAAAGCAUUGCUCAUGUGACCAGAUUUGCUGCUCAUCCCUUGAAGGGGAUUCAUCCCCUUCCUUGUGCCAAGACCUCCCAUGUGGUGGUUUGUGGCCAAGAGGUUGUGGAAAAUGUUGAUUUCUACCAAUGCUGUGCGUUGAGAACUCUGAUGAAUGGUGGAUUUGUUGAAGCUGCUGUGUGUUGGGCACCUGGGGAAGCUCUGGUAAUGGAAGAAAUUCAAGUGGCUCCACCGCACGCUCUGGAAGUUCGCAUCGGAAUCAUAUGCACCGCUCUAUGUCACACUGAUCUCAGUAUUUGGAAUCUAAAACAGGAGGAUAACACACGGCAUCCUCGCAUUUAUGGCCACGAAGCAGUUGGAAGAGUGGAAAGUGUUGGGGAAAAUGUGAAGGGUAUUGAGGAGGGAGACAUGGUAAUACCUGUUUUUAGGCCACAUUGCACUGAGUGUGUGGAUUGCAAGUCAACCCAAAGCAAUAUGUGUGACAUCAGUUCAAAAAGCAGAAUUGAAGGACUGAUGAAAAGUGAAAAUGGUACCAGAUUCAGCAUCAAUGGGAAACCUAUAUACCAUUUUGUAGGUGUUUCCAGCUUCUCUGAAUUCACUGUUGUAGGGGUUGAUCAAGUUGUUAAAAUAAAUCCAAUGGCUGCUCCUGAUAAAGUUUGUCUUCUUAGCUGUGGGGUCACAACAGGAUUAGGUGGGGUUUGGAAGGUGGGCAAUGUAGAGAAAGGCUCCACUGUGGCUGUCUUUGGUUUAGGAACUAUUGGGAUGGCUGUAAUUCAAGGUUGCAGAAUCAGAGGUGUAUCUAGAAUCAUUGGUGUUGAUGUUAACCCUAUAAAAAUUGAUAUUGGUACAGUGAUGAUUGAUUUGAACCUCUUUCACCGUUGUUAUGCAUUAAAUUGA